AUGCCGACAUGCAAAUAUGACGGCAAGACUGAUCCGCAGGACCACAUAUCUGCUUAUGAGGGACACAUGCUGCUAUACACUGCUAACGACUCGGUAUGGUGUAAGGUGUUCCCCUCUACGCUAAUUGGGCUUGCCCAAACAUGGUUUAAGAGCAUACCACCGGCAACUGUCUUUGAAUUUCGCCAGCUCACAUCCAUGUUGGUUACCCGUUUUGUCAAUAACAAGUGCAUGGAAAAGACUACCGGCGAGCUGAUGUCCAUCAAACAAGAGGACUCUGAAAGCUUGAGGGAUUAUGUGGGGCGUUUCAAUGCAGAAGUCAUCACCAUCCCCAGCCUGCAGCAGGAGCUAGCAGUCUUGGCCUUGAUGACAGGUCUGAAAGAAGGGACUGCCUUCAGAAGCUACCUGGGCCCCAAAAACCUGACUAGCCUAACGAAAGUCUUAGGAAAGGCGAAUGACUUCAUCAGGGGUGAGCAGUUCAACAAGGCAGCAGCUGCUAAAAGGCCGGCAGGAGACGAGAAGGAGGAGGAGAAGGAUCGCAGAGAAGAUAAUUAUAGAAAAGAUAAAAAGCUGGAAAAUUUCGACAGGAGAGAGGAAAGCAAUUCUGUAAAAAAGGGACAGGAAGGGGGAACUGACCGGUAUCGGAAUUAUACCCCUCUGACAUUGUCUGGAGCUGAGAUAUAUGAGCUUCAUAAGAAAGACGACAAGUGGCAGCGGCCCAGAAAGAUGUACAAUAAGGGCCGGGAUAAAUCAAAGUGGUGCGAGUUCCACAGGGAUUAUGGUCAAAUCACCGAUGACUGUAAGGACCUGAAAGACGACAUUGAAGAUAUGAUAACAAGAGUAUACUUCACAAAGUACCUCGUAAAAGUGGACCAGAAAUCCCCGUCCAAAGAUGAUGAAAACGGCUAUAGGAAGUUGGUAAAGGAACGGAUAAUCGAGAUCCAUGUAAUCUCAGGAGGGCCGACACGCGAAGGAAGCAUACAUGGUGCCAAAGCUAGCCUGAAGGAGGUUAGGCACAAGUGA